AAAUUUAGGUUGUCAUGGUGUCUAUGGUUUGUGGUGUUUAAAGAGAAAGACGUAUUUUGAUAAGAGGUGGGAAAAAAAACAAGAUUAUAUAAGUGAAAGGGAAGAUUUGGUGCGUGCAGUGAAAACCAAUUUUAACUGAAUAAGGCUUUGAUUUCUGUCAUGUAUAAAAUAUAAAUCAAUUCAGCAAAAUAUGUAUGACGUAGAGCAUCAUUUUUUUCAUCAUAACAAAAAACAUGGACACUUAAUAAGCACAUUUUACAGUACCGUAGUUGCUACGGAGACGCCAUAUUUAAGUCAUAAUUAUAUUUAAUUAUUCAGAAAUGACGUCACAAGAAUAUUUCAAUAUAAAGCUGACUGCUUAUAAAUCACUUCACACCGCAAUAUACUCCACAUGAGGAGGUAACAGAACUUGAACAAGCAAAGAUGUUGUUAUUGUUGCUAUCAGGUGCCCUGAUAAAUUUCAUUGGUUACUCAACUAGUACCGAGACUCCUUGUAAUUGCAUGCCAUUACAUCCGCAACGGGCCUACUGCGAUUCGGACUUUGUGAUAAGAGCUAAAAUUUUAAAAGACAGAUGGAUCGGAAAGACACAAAACGAACGUCGUAAGAACCAACCAAGGUACGACAUUUUGGUGACAAUGAUAUGGAAAGGUGAAGAUGUACUUAUAAAAUCUUUGAAUAAAAUCAAAAAAAUACAACCUACGAAAGAGCACCACGAUCAUUAUCUUGCAGAAGUCUACACCAGUCCCUUAGAAUGUAAUGCUACUUUGAAAGUAGGUAAGAGGUAUAUUUUGACUGGUAGUGUGGUGAGCAAUAGACUCUACACAACACUAUGUUAUUGGAAUGUGCUAUGGCACGACGUAGAUAAAACGACGAGAAAACAUUUUAAGACUGGCAUAAGCUGUAUGUGCUCUAUAGAGCCAUGUUUUGGUGGUGCAUGUAACCAUGGAACGAAAUCAUGUCAAUGGGAUAUCAGCCUUUAUCCGCCGCCAUGUUCGUACAGAUUUUGCAAAAAACAUUUUGGUGUGUGCACUUGGAGUAAAACAAUUGAAAUUAAUAUGUGUAAAAAAGCAUAAGUAGAUUUGGACAAAAAAUCUUUUGGGAGAAUUAAUUUAGUAAUUUUUCUGACAAGGGUGCUGUUUGCCUCAUUAUUGUGUCUGCAUAUAAAACUGAAGAAAUAUUAUAUUAUAUAUAUAUCUUUUAAUUAUUUAAUAUUGUACAUAUAUUUAAUGAUAGUAAUUUGCCGCAUUUA